AUGAGACUUUCGCAGAAAGAAAUAGAACAUUUACAGGAGAAUACCGAUGACAUUAGAAACAUCUGUAUUCUUGCUCAUGUCGAUCAUGGCAAAACGUCGUUAUCAGAUUCACUUCUUGCAUCAAAUGGUAUCAUAUCUCAAAGGAUGGCUGGUCAAAUCCGUUAUUUAGAUGCCAGGCCUGAUGAACAACUCCGGGGAAUUACAAUGGAAUCUUCUGCAAUAUCUUUAUAUUUCAAAACUAUCCAUAGGCCGCACAAAGAAAAGAGUACCGAUGAAAAAGAAAAGUCUUCUAUCGAGAAGCCUGAAAUCAAGGAGUAUUUGAUUAACUUAAUUGAUUCGCCUGGUCAUGUCGAUUUUUCGUCUGAAGUCAGUAUUGCUUCGAGACUUUGCGAUGGAGCAGUGGUAUUGGUCGAUGUUGUUGAAGGAGUGUGCUCUCAAACUAUCUCAGUGUUAAGACAAUGCUGGAUGGAUAAGCUUAAGCCAGUUUUGGUACUAAACAAGAUAGAUCGUCUAAUCACGGAGCUACAAAUGACACCAUCGGAAGCUUAUCAACAUUUAAGUCAGGUUAUUGAGCAGGUGAAUUCCGUCAUCGGAUCGUUUUAUGCAGGAGACAGAAUGCAGGAGGACUACUUAUGGAAGGAAAAGCUUGAGAAAGGAGAGAAAAUAGAAUUUAAGGAAAAAGAUGAUUCGGACAUAUACUUUUCCCCAGAGAAGAACAAUGUUAUAUUUGCCUCUGCGAUCGAUGGAUGGGGCUUUAAUAUCGCACAGUUUGCCGUCAUAUAUGAAAAGAAGCUUGGUGUUUCCAGAGAAAGGCUACAGAAAUUUUUGUGGGGAGACUUCUAUCUGGAUCCCAAGACCAAAAAGGUGAUAACAUCAAAGGGCUUGCGAGGUCGCAAUUUGAAGCCUCUUUUUGUCAACUUUGUGUUGAAUAACAUCUGGUUUAUCUAUAACAUUGCCAUUUUAAAUCAUGACCAGGAAAAGCUUGAAAAAGUCGUCAAGUCUUUGAAAAUUAGAAUCACCCCAAGGGAACUUCGAUCUAAGGAUAAAAAGCAGUUAAUAAAGACUGUGAUGAGCCAAUGGUUACCAGUGGCAAAUGCUGUUCUUCUAACAGUUGCCGACAAGCUUCCUUCACCAUUGGAGUCACAGAAGCAAAGAAUAGAGAGUAUUCUUGACUCUGCACCUGGCGCGGAAUUGAUCGAUCAUCAGCUAAGGGAGAAUGUGAUAGACUGCUGCAAGAAUGAAAAGCUUUCCUGUUAUAUUUCCAAGAUGCUUCUUAUACCAACUGAAGAGUUACCAGAGAAUCAAAAGGAGGCACUUACACAUGAUGAAUUAAUUGAGCGUGGUAGACAAGCACGUGCUGCCGCUGCAAAGGCAGCAGAAGCUGUAAAAAUGAUGGAGCAGGCGCAAAAUGAAUCUGAUGAUAUGUAUGCACGUGCUUCGGAGUCAAAGAAAAUAGAGGAAGAACCAGGAUUCAAAUUUGAAGAUGAAGAGGAAGACUUAACGGCAGAUACACAAGAAAAUGUGACAGAAAAAGAAACAGCCAUCGGAUUUGCUAGAAUUUAUAGUGGUACCUUAUCGGUCGGAGAUGAAGUUUCGGUGUUACAACCUAGAUUUAAUCCCUCGAAGCCUCAUAAAUACAUUUCGACAACAAAGAUUACUGGACUCUAUCUUUUGAUGGGCCGAGACAUGAUUUCACUAAAAAAGGUUCUGGCGGGAAACAUUGUGGGUAUCAAAGGAUUGGAUGGCCAUUUACUAAAAAGUGGUACUCUUGUCAACACUGGAACAUUGGGUAUUAACUUGGCAACAAGGGGAAUGACUUCUCCACCAAUAGUGAAGGUUGCAUUGGAGCCAGAGAAUCCUACGCAAAUGGAUAAACUAGAGAAGGGCCUCGAACUUCUUAAUCAGGCCGAUCCCUGCGUUAAGACAUAUGUCCAAGGAACUGGUGAACACAUUCUUGCUACAGCUGGAGAGUUACAUCUAGAAAGAUGCCUUAAAGAUCUUAGAGAAAGAUUUGCAGGAAUUGAAAUAAGUUCCUCCAAGCCUGUCAUUCCAUAUCGAGAGACAAUUGUAGUGAAUAUGGAUUCGAAGCCAGAUCCAAAUAGAGGAACACAGGAACUUGUUCUUGGAAAGUAUAAAAUCAUUUUCCAGACUGUUCCACUACCAACCAAAGUGACGGAGUAUCUUAUGCAUAAUACCAAGAACAUAGCUGGAUUUGAAAAGCAAAUAGGCAAGGGAGAUCAAAAUGAUAAAGACGAGGCUGGUGAUAACACGAAUAUUAAAAUUGAUGAAGCUGAAGGGGAUGAACUGGAUGAUAACGAAAUCCAACAAUCUAGAGUGAUCAGUAUGGAUGAAUUUACGGACAAACUUGGAAAAUUGUUCGAUGGCACUGAAAACUUGAAAAACAGGGAGAAUGAGUUUGUUUGGUCCUCUGAUAUGGUCAACAGGAUAAGUUCGUUUGGUCCAAAAAACAAAGGAUCAAAUAUCUUUUUUGACUCGGAAAAGCAUGAUGUUAGAAGAAUUUUUGACAAAAGCUGUUCAAAGCAGCGGUUUGAGUAUCCAUUUAGCUUGUUAAGUGGAUUUCAAUUGGCUACAUCAGCAGGUCCAUUGGCAGCUGAACAAAUGCAAGGAGUUGCCGUAUUUUUGAAAGAUAUUAUAGAUAUUUCAUCAGAGAGCGAUAACAAAGUUUCCGAGGUUGCAAAUUUGGCAGGUAGGCUAAUUUCAUCAACUAGAGACAUGAUCCAUAAGGGAUUUAGAGAAUGGUCUCCAAGAAUUAUGCUUGCUAUGUAUACAUGUGACAUUCAAGCUGCUACAGAAGUUCUCGGAAAGGUUUAUGCUGUUGUGCAAAAGCGUAGAGGAUCUGUCGUUAAAGAAGAGCUCAAAGAAGGAACGUCAUUUUUCACAGUCACUGCCAAAAUUCCUGUUGUGGAAGCAUUCGGAUUCAGUGAGGAGAUUCGGAAAAGAACCUCUGGCGCAGCUUCUCCUCAAUUAGUCUUUUCUGGCUUCGAGUCUAUAGAUGAAGAUCCAUUUUGGGUGCCAACCACUGAAGAGGAAUUAAAGGAAUUGGGCGAGUUUGCAGAUAGAGAAAAUGUUGCCAGACGGUAUAUGAAUAGUAUUAGAAAAAGGAAAGGUUUGUUUGUGGAUGAGAAAGUGGUUCAGAGGGCGGAGAAACAGAGAACUUUGAAGAAGGACUGA